AAAUUUAAAUUAUUUCGGUGUUUACGUAGGAAGAAGUUAUUUUAAUUUGACUAUCAAAUGAUAAGACAAAAUUAUCUCUUAAUGAUUGUGUAUUACAUUUGUACUUGUAUGUUUCUAAUAGGUAAUCAAUUAUGUACGCAUCUGUAAGAUCUUCAAAGAGUGAUAAUGACAAUUUUCAAAGACAAGGUUCAUUACGAAAAGUUAUACCACCUGAACAUACCAGGGAAAGUUUAUUUGAUAGACAAAAUGCAGACUUCGAUAGAGUAUAUAAAGUUUAUCGGCAGGAAUAUAUCAUUUUAGCCGAGUAUAAAAUGAUUCAAAGUGAGAAUUUGCAAGGUGUUUAUGUGAUUCCGUCCAAAGAAAGUUCACUGAAAUGGUUUGGAGUUAUUUUUGUGAGAAGCGGGCCUUAUGAAGAUGGAAUAUUUCGGUUUAAUAUAUUAUUAGAUGAAAACUUUCCAGAUAGUGAGCACCCUAAAGUAAUUUUCCAAUCUGAGAUAUUUCACCCUGUGAUAGAUUCUACAAAUAAUGAACUAAAUUUAUUACACGCAUUUCCUAAGUGGAACAAAAAUGAUCAACAUAUAUGGCAAGUGCUAAAAUAUAUUCAAUGGAUCUUUUAUAAUACUAAUGCCAGUAUUGCCCAUGCUGCAAAUCAUGAAGCUGCUGAAAUAUAUAGAACUAAUCAGAACGCUUUUAUUGCUAAAGCGCAAGAAGGGGUAAAACUUAGCAAAGACCACUUAUACGAUGAGCCACCUGUAGAAGACAAACAUUACAUAAUUUUUGAACCAUUUGUGACUGAGGUGCAUAAUAAAGUAAAAGCCUCAAUGAUGAUUUUUCACGAAGAACCAAUAAACAAAGUGGGUCAUUCUUGGGUCUUACCUGGGUGCUAUAAAUCUCUAGCAAGACCUCCUACUCCACCGUCUGAAACAGAAUCAUGACAUAGAAAUAUUUUAUUUUGUUAUAAAAUUUUAGAUGUAUAUACUAUUUAACGUUUUUAUACUAGUUGAUUGUUAUAAAGUAUGUUAAUUUUGAUUUUAAAUUUAUUAUAUUGUUUUUACGAUCAUGCAAAA